AUGUGUCUGAUCCCUUUAGAGAGGCCCUAUGAGUGUGGCGAAUGUCCAAAGACAUUCAGUGCAAGAUCAUACCUCAUUGCCCAUCAGAAAACUCACACGGGAGAGAAGCCCUUUGGAUGUCAUGAAUGUGGGAAAUCUUUUGGCAGGAAGUCACAACUCAUUCUACAUCGCAGAACACACACAGGAGAGAGGCCCUAUGAAUGUCCUGAAUGUGGGAAAACCUUUUCUGAGAAGGCGACCCUCACAAUCCACCAGAGAACCCACACUGGUGAGAGGCCUUAUAAAUGCAAUGAAUGUCAGAAGACAUUUCGGGUCAAGAUAUCGCUCACCCAGCACCUGAGAACUCACACGGGGGAGAAACCCUAUGAAUGUGGGGAGUGUGGGAGAAACUUUACAGCGAAGAAAUCCCUAAACCAACAUCAAAGAAUUCACACAGGUGAGAAACCCUAUGAGUGUGGAGACUGUGGGAAAUUCUUCCGAAUGAAAAUGACUCUCAAUAAUCAUCAGAGAACCCACACAGGUGAAAAGCCCUAUCAUUGUAAUGAAUGUGGGAAGGCCUUUAGGGUACAGUCAUCUCUGGGAAUCCAUCAGAGAAUCCAUACCGGAGAGAAGCCCUAUGAAUGUAAUGACUGUGGAAAUGCUUUCUAUGUGAAAGCUCGUCUCAUUGAGCAUCAGCGUAUUCAUUCAGGAGAGAAACCCUAUGAGUGUAGUGACUGUGGGAAGAUCUUUAGCAUGAAGAAAUCCCUUCGUCAACAUAAGAGAACUCACACUGGUGAGAAGCCUUAUGAGUGUAGUGAGUGUGGAAAUGCCUUUUGUGUGAAAGUGCGCCUCAUUGAGCAUCAGCGAAUUCACACAGGAGAGAGGCCUUUUGAAUGUCAGGAAUGUGGAAAGGGUUUCUGUCGUGAAGCCCACCUCACAGAGCACCAGAGAACUCACUUGGGCCGAUCCUUGCUUUGUGCAUUGGAGAAAGCUUCUCCCUGA